CAGAGCACGCAAAUUCCAACCACUUGCUUUCUGUCACUUUAAAGCCACAAAGUACAGAGGAUUAAUCGAUAUAAAGAAUUUAAUAUCAUCUCAUAUGAGUUAACAAUUCCAAAAACUUUGGAACUCUUGCUUUAUCUCAGAAAUAUCUGGGGUAAAGCUCCAAAAUCUUAUGGAGAAAAAUGAGCAGAAAAGUGUGGAAGACAAUGAGAAAGGUGUAGUGAAUAAUGAUUCAAAGAUUAACUACAGAGGAUGGAAGGUCAUGCCCUUCAUCAUUGGAAAUGAAACUUUUGAGAAGCUGGGAACAAUUGGCACCUUGGCCAACCUCUUAGUCUAUCUAACAACUGUGUUCAACAUGAGUAGUAUUACAGCUACAAAUAUCAUCAACGUCUUUAAUGGCAGUGCAAAUCUAGCUACCUUACCAGGAGCUUUUCUUACUGACACUUAUUUUGGUCGCUAUAAGACACUGGGAUUCUGCACAUUUGCUUCCUUUCUGGGGUUGCUUAUUAUACAACUAACAGCAUUGAUUAAGAGCAUGCAUCCACCACACUGUGAAAACGAGAGCACCACUUGCAUAGGGCCAAGCACAGGGCAAAUGGCAUUUCUACUGAUAGGAUUUGGAUUUCUGAUAGUAGGAGCUGCAGGGAUCAGACCUUGUAAUUUGGCAUUUGGAGCUGAUCAGUUCAACCCCAACACUGAGUCUGGGAAGAAGGGAAUCAAUAGCUUCUUCAAUUGGUACUUCUUCACCUUCACUUUUGCUCAGAUGGUGUCAUUAUCACUAAUAGUUUACAUACAAGCAGAUGUAAGUUGGGCACUUGGGUUAGGAAUUCCAGCUGCUUUGAUGCUGUUUUCAUGCAUAGUUUAUUUCCUGGGAAGCAGAUACUAUGUGAAAAUUAAAGCAACAGGUAGUCCAGUCACAAGUAUGGUUCAAGUUGUGGUUGUGGCUGUGAAGAAAAGGAGCCUGAAUCUACCAGAGUUUCCAUUGGAUUCUUCACUCUUUACCUAUAUGUCUUCCCAGUCUAUUAACUCCAAGCUUCCUCACACUUCUCAAUUCAGGUUCCUGGACAAAGCUGCAAUUAUAACCUCAAAAGAUCAGAUAAACCCUGAUGGCUCUGCAUCUGAUCCAUGGAAACUUUGCAGCAUGCAGCAAGUGGAAGAGAUGAAAUGCUUGCUGAGAGUGAUCCCUAUUUGGAUUUCAGGCAUGCUCUACUAUAUUGCCAUUAUCCAGCAGAGCACCAUGCUAGUCUUCCAAGCCCUUCAAUCCGACAGGCGAGUCUUCAACACCAAUUUCAAGAUCCCAGCAGCUUCCUACACCAUCUUCACCAUGCUGAGCCUGAGCAUAUGGCUCCCUAUAUAUGAUCGAAUCAUCGUGCCCUCGCUCCGGAAGCUCACCGGAAAAGAAGGCGGCAUCACACUUCUUCAAAGGAUGGGAAUUGGCAUGUUCCUAUCUGUGCUCUGCAUGCUAGUUUCUAGUGUGGUGGAAAAUCAAAGAAGGACCAUGGCUCUGACUAAGCCUGUAGUAGGAUGGGAACCAAGAAAAGGUGCCAUUUCUUCAAUGUCAGGGUUGUGGUUGGUUCCUCAACUAGCAUUAGCAGGACUAUCUGAUGCAUUUACAUUGGUGGGGCAAGUUGAGUUUUUCUACAAACAGUUUCCUGAAAACAUGAGAAGCCUUGCAGGGUCUCUUUUCUUCUGUGGCUUGGCAGGGUCAAGUUAUUUGAGUAGUUUGCUGAUUUCCAUUAUCCAUAGGGUGACUGAAAAAUCUGCAUCAGGGAAUUGGUUGCCUCAGGAUCUCAACAAGGGGAGAUUGGAUUACUUUUAUUACAUAAUUACUGGUUUACAAGUAGUUAAUUUUGGUUACUUUAUUUUGUGUGCUAAGUGGUAUAAGUACAAAGGGGUUGGAAGUGCUAGUUAGAAGCAGUGGCCUUUGGCCUGAUCAAGUAUCAACACAAUCUGAAUUAGAAGGUUUAUUGGUGUUUAAUGAUUUUAUGUUGAAAGUUGAUGAUGUCUGAACUCUGAAAGGCAUCUACUAUAUAGACAAAUAGACAUAAUAUGUUCAGAGAAUUAUAUUUUAUAAGAAAAAAAUAGAAAUUCAAUAUAAAUUUUGGAAUUUUUAUGAUUG